AUGUUGUGUGCUUGUUCAGGCGAACAGUUCCGGUUCGAGGAGCAGCCUGGUUCGCCGGAAUCCCUAGCUACAAGAGAUUUCUCAACUAGUGGCCUCUCUUCUUCCAGAACCGGAGGACGCGAUUGGGAAGAGAUUCAAGUCGAUGAAGCUGAAUCCACUUUAAAGGAGGCUCUCUCUCUCAACUAUGAAGAAGCUAGGGCUUUGCUGGGGAGACUCGAAUACCAGAGAGGUAAUUUUGAUGCAGCGCUUCAGGUCUUUAAGGGGAUUGACAUUAGGGUCUUGACUCCGAGGAUAGUCAAAGCCAUUGCAGAGACUACUCGUCCACGCAAACCACGCUCCAGAGUUGUUAUUGUCUCUCCCACCUCAAUGUCCAUGCAUUCAGUUAGUUUACUUCUUGAAGCAAUCUUGCUUAAAGCUAGAUCACUAGAGGAGCUACGGUCUUACAAAGAGGCUGCAGAGGAAUGCAAAAUCAUCCUGGACAUUGUUGAAUCUGCACUACCAAGUGGCAUGCCUGAUGGAAUCAGCGGCUUAUGUAAACUGCAGGACAUUUUCCAGAAGGCCCUUGAAUUGCUUCCUCUUCUUUGGAAAAAAGCAGGAAAUCUUCAUCAAACUAUUGCUUCAUAUCGCCGUGCUUUAUUCAGACCGUGGAAUUUGGAUCCCCAAAGAUUAGCUGUUACGCAGAAGUCCUUAGCUUUGGUUUUACUUUACGCAAGUGUUGAGGCAUGCCCAAAAGCCAACAUUGAGGAAGCUAUUGUGUUACUAAUGUUACUUGUAAAGAAGAUGGUGGUUGGGGAAAUACAGUGGGAUUCAGAACUCAUGGACCAUCUCACAUACGCCCUUUCGAUGACUGGACAGUUUGAAGUGUUAGCAAACUAUCUAGAGCAGGCUCUUCCGGGUGUUUACACCCGAGGGGAGAGAUGGUACCUUCUCUCCCUUUGUUACAGUGCUGCAGGGAUCGAUAAAACGGCCAUCAAUCUCUUGAAGAUGGCCUCAGGUCCUUCUGAAUCAAGACAGAUACCACACACUCCCUGGUUAUUGUUUGGAGCAAAGCUGUGCUCUAAAGAUCCAAAACACUCAAGGGAUGGCAUAAAUUUUGCUCAUAAGAUACUCGACUUGGCAAACAAUCAGAGUGAACAUCUUCUGAGCCAAGCACACAGGUUCCUUGGUGUAUGCUAUGGAAACGCAGCAAGAAGUUCCAGGUUAGACUCUGAACGUGUUCUUCUUCAGAGGAAAUCGCUAAUCUCUCUAAAUGAAGCAGCAAAGAGGGCCAAGGAUGAUUCGGAACCAGACGUUAUAUUUAACUUAAGUGUUGAGAAUGCAGUUCAAAGAAAUCUUCAGGCGGCAUUGGAUGGUGCGGUUGAGUAUUCUAGUUUGGUGGGAGGAGUUUCAAGUAGAGGAUGGCAACAUUUAGCUAUGGUCCUUUCAGCGGAGAAACGGCUUAAGGAUGCUGAAUCUAUUCUGGAGUUUACCAUGGAAGAGGCUGGUGACAUCGAAAAGCUAGGGCUUCUGAAGUUGAAAGCUGUGCUUCAGAUGGCUCAAGAACAACCUAAGCAGGCAAUGAAGACAUGCAGCAGUUUGCUGGCCCUAAUCCGGGCACAGGAGAAAUCUGAACAAUUCAAGACUCUGCUAGAGAAAUCUGAAACAGAAGCUUGGCAAGACCUGGCCUCUGUCUACAGAACGCUAGGUUCGUGGUCAGAUGUCGAAACAUGUCUGGAGAAGGCAAGAUCCAUCAGCUUUUAUUCUCCCAAAGGCUGGAAUGAAACAGGUUUGUGUCUGGAGGCUAAAUCAGUUCAUGAAGAGGCUCUAGUAUCCUUCUUUAUGUCGCUCUCGAUUGAACCAGAUCACGUGCCCAGCAUUGUUUCUAUAGCAGAUGUUAUGAUGAGAUCCGGAGGUGAAUCACUUGCAACCGCCAAAAGUUUUCUGAUGAAUGCCUUAAAAUUAGACCCGAGAAAUCACGAUGCGUGGAUGAAGCUAGGGCAGGUUGCCAAAAUGCAAGGCUUGUCACAGCAAGCUGCAGAGUUUUACCAAGCUGCAUAUGAACUACAGCUAUCGGCUCCGGUACAUAGUUUCAUUUGA